GCAGGGCCUGUGAGCCCGCGGUUUCCCGGGGCGACGGGGGCGGAGGCGGCAGGAAGGCCGAGCUGCGGUUGGCCGCCGCGGAAUGGACACGCUAGGGGUGGAGCCGGAGGAAGAGGAGGACGAGGACGAGGAAGAAGAGGACGAGGAGGAGGACGCUAUGGACCCUCAGCUCUUAGGGGCGGCCGGAGGCUCCCUGAGAGUCACGGGGCCCCUGGAGGCCGUCCGCCUCGCACCGUCAGUUCAUGGCCAAGUUGUGCCGGCAGGAAGCUCUUCCUACAGAGUCAUAGUACACGUGGAUCUGGAUUGCUUUUAUGCACAAGUAGAAAUGAUCUCUCAUCCAGAAUUAAAAGGCAAACCUUUAGGUGUUCAGCAAAAAUAUUUGGUUGUCACCUGUAACUAUGAAGCCAGGAAGCUUGGAGUUAAAAAACUGAUGUCUGUGAGAGAUGCAAAAGAAAAGUGUCCACAGCUGGUGCUAGUUAAUGGAGAAGACCUGACACGCUAUAGAGAAAUGUCAUACAAGGUUACAGAGUUAUUGGAAGAAUUCAGUCCAGUUGUUGAAAGACUGGGAUUUGAUGAAAAUUUUGUGGAUGUAACUCAGAUGGUUGAGAAGAGACUGCAUCAGCUACAAAGUGAUGACUAUUCUGUGUUGACUGUCUCUGGUCAUGUUUACAAUAAUCAGUCUGUAAACUUGAAUGACGUUUUGCACUUGAGAUUACUCAUUGGAUCUCAGAUUGCGGCAGAGAUGAGAGAAGCUAUAUUUAAUCAGCUGGGUCUCACAGGCUGUGCUGGAGUAGCUUCGAAUAAACUGUUGUCCAAAUUAGUCUCUGGCACCUUUAAACCAAAUCAACAAACAGUGUUAAUGCCUGAAAGUUCUCAAGAUCUCAUUGGUAGUUUGGACCACAUAAAGCAAAUGCCUGGUAUUGGCUAUAAAACUACCCAACGUCUUGAAUCGUUGGGUAUCAAUAGUGUCCAUGAUCUCCAAACCUUUUCACCUGAAAUACUAGAGAAAGAAUUAGGAAUUUCAGUUGCUCAGCGUAUACAGAAGCUCAGCUUUGGAGAAGAUAACUCCCCUGUGACUCCCUCAGGACCACCUCAGUCCUUUAGUGAAGAAGAUUCCUUUAAAAAGUGCUCAUCAGAAGUGGAAGCUAAAAAAAAAAUUGAAGAACUCCUUGCUAGUCUUUUGAACAGAGUAUGCAAAGAUGGAAGGAAGCCACAUACAAUAAGGCUAAUCAUCCGUCGGUUUUCAUCUGACCGACAUGUUAACCGUGAGAGUCGUCAGUGUCCUAUCCCAUCUCAUGUAAUUCAGAAGUUAGGGACAGGAAAUUAUGAUGUUAUGACCCCAAUGGUUGAUAUAAUUAUGAAACUAUUUCGAAAUAUGGUAAACGUGAAGAUGCCAUUUCAUCUUACCCUUCUAAGUGUGUGCUUCUCCAAUCUCAAAUCACUACCUACAUCUAAGAAAGGAUCUAUCGAAUUUUAUUUAACACCUUCAUCAUCAACAACUUCACACUCUGGCAAACGCACUUAUAAAUUGAAAGAUACUCAUAUGGAAGAAUUUUCACAAGACAAGGAAACAAACUGGGAUGUUCUACCAAGUGGAAGAAUUGAAAGCAUAAAAACUGGAGAGUCUCCAUUAGAUACUGCAAAUUUUACUAAAGAAAAAGAAAUUCAUGAUUUUUCAUUUCACUCACUUCCUGAGGGUAUUGACCAUGAAGUCUUUAAGCAGCUUCCAGUAGAUAUUCAAGAAGAAAUCCUUUCUGGCAAAACUAGAGAAAAAAUUCAAGGAAAGGGAAGUUUGAGUUGUCCAUUACAUUCCUCCAAAGGAGUGUUAUCUUUCUUUUCUUCGAAACAAAUGCAUGACAUCGUUUCAAAUCCCAGAGAUCAUUUAUCCAAUAGUAAACAGUUAGCCUCUAUAUCUACCAGUGAACCAGGUACAUCAGGCUUAAGUAGCACUGGUUCCACUUACCUGUUUAGCCGAAAGGAUUCUCCUCACUAUUUAGACAGUGAGCUGAGAGAUGAAAGAAUGAGUCAAGGACCUAAAGAAUCCCAAGGAUUCCAUUUUUCAAAUACAAACCCUGCUGUGUCUAUAUUCCAUUCUUUCCCAAACUUACAAAGUCAGCAACUCUUUUCCAGAAGUCACACUGCAGAUAGCCAUAAGCAGCUUACAGGCUCAGUUUCUCAGCAUCUCAGUCUUACAGAAAACAGAGAGCAAGAAUCUACAGAGGAGGAAAUUACUUUUCCUUCUGGUAUUGACCCUGCAGUUUUUUUUGAAUUACCAGAAGAUGUUCAAAAAGAACUUUUGGCUGAGUGGAAAAGAACAGGAUCCUCCUUCCAAACUGUACAUGAAUAAGCAUGAUGGAAAAAAAUCUAAAAAUAUGCCAAGCAAAUAGCAAAAACAUUAUGUUCCCCUCAGUCUAACAGCUUAUUAAGGUGUUUGAUAUUAAACUGUUUAUUAGGUAUUCAAUAAUGUAGAAAUCUGACUAAUAUGAAACAUUUCAGCUAAAGCAUAAACAGCAGAAGGGAGGUAAACUCUUACAUAAAGCAUAAAAGUGUUCGUAUCAGAAGUAAUAAUGUAAAAUAUUACCUUCCUCUCAUUUUUAAGCUAUUUUAUAUUGAAGAUUUCCAAUAAAAAAAAUCAUGGUCAGCAUUGGUACAUAUUCCAUAAAUUUGGGAAAUGUAUGCAUGCAUAUAUAAAUUUAAAAUUUCCACAUAAUGCUGAACUAUAGGAAGUUAAAGAAUAACAAUAAAUGUUUCCUUUUUGAAAUUUGAAAUAGCCCAAGAACCUCAGCUGAGAGGUAUGAAAAUAUGAAAAACUUUAGUUUCAGCCAACUUAUAAAAACAUUGACUUUGCCUCAGGUAGAUAACAUUCCAUAAUAUAAGCUAACAACAAAAUAUUCAGGUUUAAUGGAUGGUUCCAGUCACUAUGUGUUCUAAUAGUUCAACUAGCUUUUAUUGGCUGGGGUGGGAGGGACAGGUGGGUGCAGGAAGGUGAAGACUCCAUAGGAAAAAAUUAAGGGUAUACUGGCAUUAGGACUUCAGUGUACAAGGUGGGGUUGUCAUAAGAGCUCUUAUUUUGACCCAGAUGGUAAGUAAGGGAGAUUUUAGCUUGCCAUUUUUAUACAGGCCUGUGGGGAAUAGAUGUGAUAUUUCUACAGCUUUUGUUGCAUAUUUGAAGCUGGAACUCCUUGCCAUCAAAUAUGAGAAAAUUAUUAUUUUCGUCUUAGUUAUUAUUAUCUCCAACCUCCCCUUCCAGGUCAAAAAUUGGGAGAGUAAUGUCACCCCAUGCUUGUAACAUAACUGUGUCUUUGUAACAUGUCAGAGUAUCCUGGAACACUGGUUAGGGAACUGAUGUUUAAGGAUAUGGUGGAGAUACAGAAGCAUUGACAAGCAUGGCCUGUCUUAAGGAAUUUAUAGUCUAUGUGGAAAUAAUCUAUAGAAAAAACUUGAGAUUGUUUACAAGGCAAUAUGCAUACAAGUGAGUACAAGAAAGAUUCUAAUGUCUUUCUUCCAUUUAAGAGCUCAUAACUUUGUGUGUGGACUCCUUAGAUUUUAAGGAGUCAGUGGUUACUGAAGGCCUUUUCCCUUUAUGACCCAAAGGAAAAUUAUAGCACAAAUAUUUUGAAGGCAGCUAAAAUGAAAUUUAUAGCAGGAAUGAUAAAGGUGUCUCAACAUCUUGUAACUAUUGGAAGCUCUGCUACAGAUGCCCUUUAUUUAAAACAUUUUUUAAAAAUUCUCUAAAUGCUAAAAGUUCUCUACAGUUAAACUCAUCAGAGAGGCUCAUAGAAGACAUAACUUCUCUCAGAUAAUUUCCUUUUUGAUAUUCAAGUAAUCAGUCACUUUGGAUGAUUUCAGGGUUUAACAACAUUGUUAAGCUAUCUAAAGUAUAUUGACCUAAACUUUUAGUUGUGGCACAAGUGAUAAACGUAGCACGUGAGAUAUACUUGACUAAUCGUUAUCAACUAUCAAUCAAUCAUAUGUCGUGGUGAGUAGAAUUAGCUUACAGAUGCUUUGGACUAGGUAUAAAAGAGUAAGAGACAUAAGUAUGCCAUGACCAAGUUUAAGAAACAAAUCUUUUUUUAGGGAAGCAUAUGACUUUCCAGUAUGGUUUUGAAAAACCUUAAAAGGAAGAGGAAAUAUGAUUUUUUGCAUUUAUACCUUUUUAGACCCUUUUUCCUCAAAAUUGUUAUGAUUUUUCAUGCUGAGAUGUUUCUUGUUCCUGACCAGUUAUGUUACUCAAUUGCCCUUUUUCAAGGCUACUUUUCAAAAUGAACUUGUUUCAGUGCAGUGCAAUAAUUUUUAAGUUCUUUUGUAUAAAUGGCACUGAAGAUACAAAGAUUAAAAAAUGACGAUGUUGCCCUCAGAGAGCUUGUGUUCUCUGUGGCUAAUACCCUUUUUUCAAAAUAUUCUCAAAAAGACCACAACUGGUUAAGGUGGUAAUGUGAUAGAACAUUGAAUUUUGUGUCCAGAUAUAUGAACUUGAAUACCGUGUCAACUGCAUACAUACCACUGAGUAAUUUCAUACCAAUCACAGCCUUUCUAGGCUAUAAUUUUCUCACCUAUGAAAUGGGAAAUUUGGAUUAGAUGAUUUUUAAGGUUCACUGCAGAGCUAAAUCCCAUGAAUGUUUUGACUCCAGGAAAGACAAUAAUAUCUCUCUUUUUAAAAAAAAACUUUAUAAAGUCCUUUUUUUCACAACCUGUAGUAUAGUUAUUACAAACUAUCUUUAUUUUGCAAAUUGUAAAACUGAGGCAUAGAGAAGUAAAGUCACUCACCUAGAGUCCCACAGCUAGUGAGUGCUGGAGCUAAGAUUCAAACAGAAGUAUUCUGUUUAUUAAGAUCAGUAUUUUUUCCACUGUACCACAUUGCAUCAAUGAGCUCAAUGGUUUUGUAAUUCAGUAAUGUCAUAGAUGCUAAGGUAGGAACAGUGGCAAAAUCAGGAGAUAUAAGUAUGGUAAUAUGUUGUGCUAAGAUACUUAUAAAGCGAACUCAGUAAUGCAAACUCUUUUAACUUGUUUUUUACAGAACAUGGAGGUAGAAGCAUUGAUUUAGAUGGUACUCUUGUAUAUGUACACAGGCAUUGAAUUUCAUUUUUAGAAUCAUGGCAAUAGCCAUGUUUGGGAAAUACGUGAUUGGGUACACUUUCCUUUUGAAAGGCUUUUCUUAAUUUUAGUGGAAGGCAAGGAGGAGCCAAGAUACAUCAGUUACAUAAAACAAAAAGUAAAAUCCUAAGGUGAACAGUAGUCCACAUCAUGUUUAUCUGUCUAGUUUGGGUCCUAUGGCAUUUGCAAUAAACUUAACAUCUAUUUCCAAUUGCUGAGGAAGUUUAAAAUUGAACAGAAUUAGCUCGCCAGAUCCUUAGAUGAGAAUGAAUGUGUUUCAUGGCCUUCAUCUUGAAAUAAUUUUACCAUUUUCAUUGUGAUGUGGGAAAGGUAAUAGAAAUCAAAUUCCAUUUUUCUGUUCUAAAAUGAAUCUGGAAGUUUUUUUCUAUUACAAAUUUAUAGGUAAUAUUACUGAAUAUUAAGAUAAACUGAGCAAGCUAAAAAAAUUCUUCACAAAAACAUAACAGUCUACCAUCAUCAUUCUUUUUAUCACCCUCUGUCCGUCCUGGAGUAACAUAUAUAAUAGGGAUAUAUUAAAUUAGCUUUCUUUUCUGUUUGCCUAUUCAGUCAUCAUUCAUAUAGAAUAUAUAUCAUAAGGAAAAUUUAUCAUGUGGGUGGAUGCUCUUUGCCCAUUGAAAAAUGCACUGAAAAACAGGGGAACCUUUUAUCAGGUUUUCUGUUUUAACAAAUAUGUACCAAAAAUAGGAACCCAUUUUUUUUGGUAAAUCUCAAAAUGUUAUUUUACUUAAUACUUAUCUAUUUACUUAUUAUCUAUAAGUAAAUUAUUACCUAGUUUUUUAUUACUAACAAUAGCCAUAACAUUAUCUCCUGAUUUUUUUCAUUCCUACCUUAAGCUCCCUUGGCAAUGUCUAUUAAUAAUGAGAGAUUAGAAGAAUAUCUUUUGACCUAUAAAUUAAGCUGAGUUUAGUAGCCACAUCCCAUUAAUUUAGCAAGACCAUGAUGCCUUUGCUACAUAUUAAAUUGUCUGAAUUAACAGAAAUGUAUAUAUUAAAUUUUUACUGAUAGAAUAUAUCAUGUAAUUCUGAUGAUCGAUAAUCUCUGUUAUUUAUUCUCUUGAUUCUCUGAAUAGCACUUGUUGGAACUUUGACAAAAGUUCAGAAAUAUAUAAUGGGCUAAAAACAUCUAUAGAAAACUACAAAGUUAUUUUGUAUUCCAAUUGACAUGAUUACUGAAAUUCUUUUUAAGACUAAACAUUUAAUCACUUUGUAAAAUGUGUUUAUCAAACUGAAAGCCUUCAUUUUUUAUCAAAGAAGAGUAAAGAGGUUUAAGUUCUUAUGAUUAGAAUCCUACAAACAACUUUCCAUUUGGAGUUGACCCAAUCAAAAUAAACAAUACUACUUUA